ACAGUCACCUUCCUUUAGCCCAUUAGAAGAAUGUAUAUAAAUUGCACCACUUUGCCUUAAAAAUGAUCAAAGCCAACACCAAAGUCCACCUCAACAAGGGUUUUUUCUACUAGCUUACUCUUACAGUCUAAUAAUAUGGCAUUGUCAAAAACUAUUCUUGCAAUUUUAUUAAUAUUUGUUCUAGGAUUUUCUUGCUGCAUCAUCGGCUCAAAUGCUGUCCCAGUAACAAGAACAAAGAGUCUAAUGCAAGAAAAUCUUCCAAGAUUUCAAGCUUCCAUGAAUUCUCAUCUGGAUAUUGUAGAGGCAAUGCAAGAGAGGACUUUCAUGGAACAGCGAAAGCUGGCUGAUGUCCAGCUCGAAGACUACCCUGGAUCUGGAGCUAACAACCGCCACACUCCGGCCAGGCCUUAGUUUGAAUGUUUGAGAUGCAUCCACGAGAUGGUCCAUGAUAUACUUCUAGCUUAGGAAGUAUAUAUAUUUUCAUAUGUAUACUAAUAAUUUGUCGUACCACGUGAUUUAGUAAGAACGAUUGUACGUACGCAGUAGUAUAUGUAACGUAGUGAUUUUUGUUACCACUAAUAUUAUCAUGUAUGGUAAUGCCUAGAUACUAAUAUGUAGCAUAUGUACGUGUGUAAAUAUAUGAAGUGAUAGAUAUUAGGGAAAUGCUAUUACUUAAUUAUCAGCAUAUAAUUGUUGCUGGUCGAGUCUAGCAAAGAUAUGUACUUGUUAUCACAAGGUUAUAUAAACUUGUGCUGCUUUAUUUGUUUGUUAUCAUAA